AUGAGUGAAAGAUUUCUAAUUAGUAAUGGUGCACUUUCUCUUCAUGUCCCCUCUAUAACCGUUGAUGAUGAUUCGUCAAAUACCAAUCCUAUUUCUAUUCUAUCGAACUCUAAAAAUCAAUCCUCCCCGGCCAGAACUGCUGUUUUUUACGAUGAGAAGUUAGUAUAUUAUAUACAGCUUAAAAUUAAUGAAAGCCAAUUGAACAUAAGUUCCAAAAAUGAAAAAAAUCAAGACGUUGAUACUUCCAUUUCUUGCAUUUCGGAUCUAUCUGGUGACGAUUUUAAACGAUUUAUUAGCACGCUGAAAAUUGUCGUGGAUGUCAAGAUUUCUGGUGUCAGUAAUAUUGCAGUACCCGAUUCUUUAAAUGAAAAACAGAAACAAAAUUUUCAGUUACAGGCAUAUGAACUUUUCACUUCUGCUUUGGAUAGUUCGGAACUCGUUUAUUCUGGUAAAUCUUCACUGAAAGACGAGCACAAAUGUGCUACCUGGGUUGCAGUAUGGAAAGUUUCUACUGUAAUUUCCCAUCCCCGUGCUCGAUUGUUUAAACCGGAAGUAAUAAUUAGUGUUAAUGCUUCUGAAAACGUUUCUACCGACGAUGCUGAAAAUGUUUCUAACGCUAAACUAGUACAUACUGUCUCAAUGGCGAAUUUAGCAAGGGUAACUCAUGAAGAGAACAACCAAGGUUUUAUGGAUGGUUCAACCCUGAAACUAAUUCAUAGGGCCUCAACUGUCAAUGCUAUUCACGAUAAAAACCAAGACGAUAAAUCUACAAAAUUUUUAGAGGAAUUUGAGCCCGUAGAAGACACCAAUUUAUUUGCUCCAUUACAUAGCGACCAAAGCAUAAAGUCAAUUCGAUCUCGACUUGCUAUUAAUCGAUUAAUUAGUGAUUUUUCUAAAACCCCCACCAUAAGAAAGGAUAAUACUCAAGCACAAUACCAUUUAGAAAAUGACAGCAUAGAAAGCUGUUCAAACAGAAAUAGUAAGAGCGCUAUUUCAACUUCUCAAUUAUCAAAUGUUUCAAAUUCCACAGCAAAUUUACCUAUUUCAACAAUUUCUUGUUCUGUUUCAUUUCAGGUAUUUCCUGCUGUCAAUCUUCGUCUUCGAUGCACAAAAGCCACUGGUAUGCAAGAUAGUAUUGUUUCCAUAUUGGAAAUAGAUAAUAAUGAAAACGCACCAUUUAAUGUUGUUAUAAAAUCUGCAACGCUUGAUUUUACUGCUGGAUCUGCUGUUGAAUUUGGAAACACAUCAUUCCCAUUAUGGUUAUCACCUGGUGAAUCAUGUUCUAUAGCUUAUCAUUUAAGCCACCCUGAUGCUGGAUUACCCCAAACGAGAGUGAAACCUAUAACAAUAAUUUUGAAUGCAAUACCAGUUUUAAAUUGUUCAGUUCAAUUUAAAGAAAGUGAACAAAAAUCUAAAUUAAUUCAAUCAUUAAAUGUCAACAAUAUUGGUCCUGAGAUAGUUACAAAAUGGGAUACUAUAGUCGAUUUUGGAGUAGUUGCUCCCCCUUCACAUGGAAAUUCUAAGAUCACAGCACCUGUUUCAUUUGCAAGCGCUUCAGGUGGUGUUAAAAAACUUCUUCGUGGCAAUGAAACAGCCAAUUUUAGUUCAAUAAAAAGUCAGCAAAGCUCACCAGGAAGUUCCAACACAGCUAUGCGCACAAUCGCUCCGAAGGAACGAGAGGAAAAGUUAAAAACAAAUGAAAAAAUAAUUUCUUCAUAUGUUCCAGUUUUAGAUCAAGUAUCUUUAAGAAAACUUUAUGGCGACAGAGCUCUUAACGGAUUGUCAGGUGUCGGCAUUGUCAGCUUAAUGAAUGAUGUUAGAAUUGGUCCACUUGCAGCCCAGGCUUGUUAUGAAACACAGAUCCAAAUGAUGGCUUUAGCACCAGGUCAAUUUACUUUAGAAGGCUUAACAAUCGUUGACUUAAUAACAGGUGAUAGUUAUGAAUGCGGAAAGCUUCUUGAUGUUAUUGUAUCUGAUUAG